AUGCCUUUGGCGGUGUCUCUAAAGAUUGGGCAAGUGGUGGUGGAGGUAGUGGCACUAGGGGUGAGGGUGGUGGCGGCGGCAGGAAUGACAGUGGUGGUAGUGGCAAUGACUGUGGGGUUGGUAAUAGAAUUGGUGACGCUUGGGGGUGGUGGUGAUAGCCACGACACGAUGGUGAUCGUGGGUGGUUGUGGUAAUGGAGGUGGUGGUGAUAGUUAUGAUAAAAUGAUGGUAGUAGAGACGGUGAAAUUAUAUCUUGCGAAUAAAAAAAAUGUAUUUAUUAAAAUAUCUAUGGGGAAGCAAAUAUUUGUCAUAAUCUAA